CACAGACGCGCUGCCGGUACAAACGACGUUAGCUGUGCACACGCGUCUGGGAGCGGUGGAGCUCCACAAGCUGUGUGGCUGCUCACACGGCACAGCGACCGUCCCCUUGCAGAACCGCGGUCAACGGAGCCACCGAACCCGUGCACCCGGACCCUUCCGGGAGCGCUGUCCUCGGAGCUGAGCGCCUUGACGGCACCAUCCCAGCAGCGCGCUCGGACCCCUCGGCCAGGACCGCGCACCUGGACGGCGGCGCCUAUACCCCCAGCAGAGGGCGUGCACGUGGACGGACGUCGCCAUGGCAGCUCAAUGAGCGGUGGUGCGAGCACCGCGAUGAGGGGGGGCGCGGUCGGCCUGGCGGGGCCGUGAUCAGCCGCAGCGGACCCAAGCGGACCGGAGCUCUGCGUGCGCUGGGCCUUCUAGCAGGACUGCGCUUGGCCCCGGGUGGGUGUCGGUUCGAGAGGCGCCGGCGGGGCCCCUGGGCGGGAUGGGCCGCUGCAGAGGGAGGUGCACCGGGAGGUGCUCGCUCGUCGUCAUCUGCUCCUUCCAGCUGGCUGCUGCUUUGGAGAGGCAGGUGUUCGACUUCCUGGGGUACCAGUGGGCGCCCAUCCUCGCCAACUUCCUGCACAUCAUAGCCGUCAUCCUGGGCAUCUUUGGCACUGUGCAAUUCCGCUCCCGCUACCUCAUCCUGUACGCCGUGUGGCUCGUGCUCUGGGUGGGCUGGAACUCCUUCAUCAUCUGCUUCUACCUGGAGGUAGGACACCUGUCCCAGGACAGGGACUUUCUCAUGACCUUCAACACAUCCUUACACCGGUCCUGGUGGAUGGAGCAUGGACCCGGUUGCCUGGUCACCCCAGUGCCCAAUUCGCCGCUGGCCCCGGACGACCACCAUGUCAUCACCGUCUCGGGCUGCCUGCUGGACUACCAGUACAUCGAGGUGGUCAGCUCCGCGCUGCAGGUUUUCUUGGCGCUCUUUGGGUUCGUCUACGCCUGCUACGUCAGCAAGGUGUUCCUGGAAGACGAGGACAGCUUUGACUUCAUUGGGGGCUUUGACUCCUACGGCUACCAGCCUCCACAGAAGGCCUCGCACCUGCAGCUCCAACCCCUCUACACCGCAGGGUAGGCGAUGUGAGCACUCCGAAGGGGGCGAAGCGAAGGAUUGCCGACGACCAGGAAGCUUCUGUCUGAGGGAGACCGCAGCGUCGCUUCGCAAAACUGUCUCUUGUAGAAAUGUCCUUGUCUCUGUAUAGCCUCUGGUUCUCAUUUCGGGGGUAAAAAAACGUUGUCGCCGAGCCCUGUACCGGAGCACGUGACGGACCGUGGCUCCGUGUGAGCGGACGGCACGUGGGACGAGCGCGGCGCCUGGACGCCUCCAUCCACCCUCUCUUCUAACUGUGAAAAGGUGCACUUUGAGUGUCCCUCUUGCUCCGCGUUUGGGCUGCCGUGUGGUUUGCACCUGCUGGACCCUGGGGCGUGGGGGGAGGGGUCAGCUUCGGUCCAGACUGUUCGCCGGCCCACGAGAAUGACCGGUAUUGUCCAGGAGAUGGACACGGGGCCAACACAGAGGGAGACAUACCUCAAAAGGAGCUGCGAGGAUCCAGGAAGAACUUCUUCACCUCCGGCAACUCGGCCACCAGCGGGGGGCUGCGCAACCAGCUGACCUCAAACCUCUGACCUGGCCCCUCCCGUGGACACGCGUGUCACGCCGGUUUGCGUGCGAUGGGCGAACGGUGCCCCUGCUGGACGAGGCCAGACUCGGGCUCGAACCCUCAGCCCCGAACACCUCCAGGCUGGACCCGCAGUACGGCCCACGCCAGCGGUCAGCAUUCCUAAGGACUGGCGUCAUGAUUUGUGUGCAUGUAAAUACCACUGUAGCUACCCGCCCCCCCCAUAGUCACCUUGGUUACCUCUGUUCCUGUCCCAGAAUUCCUCUCACAGCCUCUUCUCUUCACCCCUUUGUCAUUCCAUGCUGUAGACCCACAAUCUCUCUGUGUCCAGGGUGCCUCUCUCUGGGAGACUUCCAGCGGGGUGUGUGUGUGAAGAGCAGGAGCCCUGUGCGUCCGUGUGUGUGUGUGUGUGUGUGAGAGAGAGAGAGAGAGAGAGAGAGAGAGAGAGAGUGGAACACACCUCUUGUACAACCACCUGGCUGUAGGGGAGCACUUUGACUUUUGGGGAAAUAAACACAGUGUUUCUAACACACCCCUCUGUCUCUCUUUCGUCCGCUGUGUCGGAGCG